AGGAUAAAAACAGGUAGCGAACGAAGUGGGAAAAAUUUUGGUGUGAAAUAGUACUAGCUCGUGGUGCCCAUAACCAAAUAUGGCGCGACGAACCAUAUAUGGAUGCUUUGAUUGACAAGCUCGCGCAAUCUAAAAAUAGCUUUCUUGAACUUUAUCAUGGGCCACAGGAAUUCGUUCUCUUAUAUCAUGGUCUCUUGCUAGCAGGCAACUAGAAGCUAGCAGAGAAAAAAUAGCUAGCAGGCACCUAGAAGCUAGAAGAUAGAUUACUUUUGACAUUUGAUCGACACAGAAUGUUACCGAUCGGGAGCUUGCAAAGUCUUAGUUAAAGGGCAAGAUUACAUAACGAGUUCCAACGGGUCUCCCGCCUUCAAAGACACGGAAUAUUUAGCAGAAGUAAAAGAAGUCAUGGGAGCCACCACGAGCCAUCUGAGUGCACUAUAAAAGGGAAACGGGAAAACUCAGAGGUUCUCGGUGGUUUUUUGGUAUGACCGAGCUUAUUCAGAACUGUGCUGGAUUCAUAUGGCCACCCAAUUCCUCCAUUACGCUCAAUGAAUGCUUUUAAUAUCAAUACCCUAUUUAAUAUUUUUAAUAACUAUAUAACACAAUAUUUUAGGAACUUUUUCCCCUUUUGUUAUAGAUGUUCUCUCGUUCCAAUCUCCUUCGAAAACGUACAAUUCGUUUAAAAGAGGGCUUUUAUUAAAAGUUUUUUGUUUGUGAAAGCGAUCUGUUCUACAUCUGCAAAUACGCUAAAACACACGCAGAUUUAAUCGCACAAAAAUGUUAAAGUAAUUAUCAUAUUAUGAUGAUAGUUUAGGAAGACCUCACGCUCUACAGAAUCUUGUGAUUCUGGUUUUUCAUAAUAUAUAUUCAGAAAAAUAAAUUCAAAAAUAAAAAAUAUAUUCAGGGUCUGAGACCCCGAAUAUAUUUUUUAUGUAGCCUAUGCUUUCUAUAUCUAUCAAGUUAUAUGAUGUUUUCUGAUUUCUGAUUAUAUCUUUGACGUGCUGGUGAGUAUUCCUAACAGCGCUCCUGUCGGGCAAUAUUCCGGCUAUUUCCACCAACAGCGAAAACAAUCAAAAACAACCAGAUCAUUUGAGAAUAUCCUGUAAUCUACCCACACACCACAACUCACUAAAUCUCCCAGAAGGCAUUGCAGUGAUACCUGACUCCUCAAAGGAGCGGCUAUAAAAAGAACAAUAGGCAAAAUUGACCCGAGGACUUUGGCAUGAUAUCCGUGAACAAUAGAACGAGUUUGCAGCAGAUAAAAUGACGAGUGAAGAAGAAAAUCCACAAGAGACUGCAAAUGGCGCUGCACCUUCAGCUAUGCAGCAGCAAGAAGAUGUCCCCUCACACAUGGACAAAGGCUGGGCAUGGGUUGUCUGUUUUUCGUCUUUUUGUAUCAUGCUCCUAGCAGCAGGACUACAUAACUGCGCUGGAAUCAUAUUCGUGGCAUUACUUGAGAGGUACAAACAAGGCAGAGGAAAAACAGCCUGGGUGACAUCAAUGGCUACGGGAUUCGAACACUUUUUGACCAUAAUAUGCACCUUACUAGUACAGCGCUACGGCUCCCGCGCCACGGCCAUCGCGGGGGGUUUCGUGUGCGCCAUCGCCUUCCUCUCCUCCGCUUACAGUCCCUCCCUGGAGCUUCUCUACGUCACGUACGGUGUCGGUUUGGGCUUGGGGACCUCGCUUUGCCUCUGUUCAGGCCUAGUCAUUAUACCUAUGUACUUCAAGAAACAUCUAGCACUGGCCUAUUCCCUCGGGCAGCUCGGGGCACCAGUAGGAACCCUGACGUUGACCCCUCUCCUUCAGUUCCUGUUCAACAAGCUUGGGUUUAGUCUGACUAUGGUGGCGAUAGCCGGGUUUCAUAUCAUCGUGGUUAUCAGUGGAUUGACUUACAGACCUGUCCCCGAGGCACCCCGGAGGGACGGUGAGGCGGAGGUUCGGGCUAAAAAGGGAUUUGAUGUGUCCGUGUUCAAAAACAGGAAGUUCGUCAUGUGGCUCGUGUGUCUAGCUACGCUGUUUCCAGCGCUGUUGAUCCCUUACGUUCAUUUGGUGCGUCUCGCCGAAGACAAAGGAAUCAGCGAAUACCAAUCAGCAUUUCUUCUGUACUUCAUCUCAGUAACGUCAGCAAUUUGCCGUCCGAUAGUUGGCCGCGUAUCGGACAGAUGGCCCAAACGACGUCUUCAAUUUCUCCAAUUUGCCUUCUUCUUUUUCAGUACAGCAAACUUCCUCGCACCUCUAGCAACGAGCUUCGCGGCUCUGGCGGUGUACGGGUGCGCGUUCGGGGUCUUUGAGGCUUUCUUGUGGUCACUGAUCUUCAUAAACACUGUGGAUAUUGUUGGGGUGCAUCGACUGCCCUCUGGUAUUGGCUGGUUGUUUUUCCUGUUAUCUUUCCCUGAAGUCUCCGGGCCACCUCUUGCCGGCUGGAUUUAUGACCUGUCCAAGAGUUAUUCCAUAGCGUUCUUUGUGAGUGGUGGUGUGGUCGCUCUGGCUGGAUUGAUGAUGUUCUCUUUGAUCUCGUUUAAGGAGUGGUUUUGUUGUAAUACUUAUGAGAGCAGAAGAAUUGAUCCAAUCCCUAACCCGCCGGCAGUGUAGAAUUCGAUUGUAGGAGGCGAGGCGAUCAGUGAUAUGUUAAAUGAUAUCUGAUCACGUGUCUCCAGUCAACUUUUAAUAAUUCACAAACGAUAACCAAGCUGUUCAAGUCAUAUUGACUUUUAUUGCUAUGUAGCAGUUAUUUCCCAUUUACAGAGUACCGAACGGUCUGCUUUGAACAGAAGUAAAGAUCUCAAGUCAAGAGUACAAGAUUACAUUCUUGGCCAUUAAAAACACGUCAGGCUAAUAAUUGGGUACAGAUGAACAUAAUCUUCUCAACCAAUCGAAGGCGGUCAUUAAUAGAAGUUUCCAGGUCCACGACAUCGGGUGAGGCUCUGCGGGUGUGCCCCUCCCUUUGAAAGUCAGAUACAAUCGACAAUAACCCUAAGGGUGCCCAAAAUCAACGAAGCACAAUUAAAAGAAUGAAAAACAAAUUAAAACUUAGAGCAAUUGACGAUUAAGGAUUAUUUCAAAACACAUUGGGUACGUGUUAUCAUUUCGCGUAAAUAAGAUUAAAAAACAUUAAAAUUU